AUGACACUGGUGAUGGCCCCAGAAGACCUGGGACGUACUUCAUCAGCUCUCGAGGCACCACGCAUCAUCCCACGUGCACCUCGACUUGCCGUGCCGGAUCAAGACGGAAAUCUGCGUGUCGACGAAGCAUAUGUUCAGCUUAUACAGCCAGACCAGGCAGCUACGCAGAACCUACCCCCGGAGCAGGUUGCAUCUUCGAAUGGGUUGACUUCACUCCAGGAGUUGCAGUAUCAAGCGCAUGUGGAGCAGCAACUACUUCAAUCUCGUCUGCAGCAAUUGCAUGGGCAUGGGACUGAUGCAAGUUUCCGUGGCCUCCUGCAGCAACUGCAGCCGCUGCAGCCAAGCCAAUGUUCAGUUUUGCAUCAGAAUUCCAACCAAAGCGGUGUUCCCAACUUCUGGAUGCCGCACAUGCCAAUGCCGGAAGGCUUUCACCGAUCGCAUUUCGCCCGAGCACCACAGGAUUCAUGGAAAUCACAACAGCACGGUCAGCAGUCCGUGAACUUCCAGGUGGCACAGCCACCGCACUCGUGGCAGUAUGGCCAGUGCAACCACGGCAACCCCACGGGCAUGGUGCCCUGCUUGGAACCUCACUCAGAUCUUUCAGCCAUUCAAGAGCCGGUUACGCAAGUCCAACCCAUGGGAAAUGACAUGCUGCCGUCCCUCUUGCCUCCUCGCGGACUCGAUGCUCCCAAACUUGUGAUGAAGCCCUUGGUGCCGCCUCCGCCUGUCUCGGCUCCAGUUCCGCAUCCUGUUGAGAUGGGAUUGGCUUGGCCAGAACAGCAAGGACAGGGCCUCCCGGCCCCAGCGCGAACCCCCACGCUGGCCUGUGCUUCUCAAGGUCGCGGCUUGAUAGGCGGCGUGGACCCAUUGCUGGCUCCGAUGGGCGUCGCUCAGUCAGAGCACUCGUGGCCGAUGAGAGCCGACCACGGCGGCGAUCCAGGUUUGCAUCGCAUGGCAGGUGUCACUGCCAAGCAGGAUCAGGAGAUUUUGGACACCUUGCAUUCCAGCGGUUUCGCUGUUGACUUCGGCGCUGCAGAUCCUCGGUCAGACAGGGAUCUUAGCCAGAUGAUCGACACCAUGGCCACGCAGGGCAGUGCACAGAGUGGAUCCGGAUUGCCUUGGGAUCCUUGGGAGCCUCGGAGCGGAAUACGGCCCCGGGACGAGAAGGUGACUGAGAACGCUGAGAUUCCUGGCUUGUCUUCGUCACGGCCUGAUCGAGCUGCCUCGAAGCCAAUCCCCCACCGUCCGGAUGUGCAACUUCGAAGCGGGCCGAUUGUUGCUGCAGAGGAGUUCUUGCGAAGUUACAGGCCUCAAAUGCACCUGCAAAGUCUCGUGUAUCCCAAUGGCACAAAAGUGGACUUCACCGAGCUGGCUCCGGUGCUGAGGGCAGUGGCGGUCGCUAACUCUCAGUCCAGCGCUCGGAUGCUGCAGGCCAUCGAGUCCGGCUCCCACGUGAGGACCGCGCUUCAGGUCUUUCGCGAGUGUGAUGCAGAUGGUUGUGGCUUCCUGACGUGGAGCAACGGGGGAAUACGGGAUUUUGUCAUGGCCGUCUUUACUCAGCUGGGUCUAGUUCCACCUGCCGAGAUGCAGACCUAUGCCGCCCAUACCCUCUUCGACAUGAACAGGACCAUGUGUCUUUCAGCGUGUGACUGCCUUUGUCUGACUGACACACUUCUGCGUGCAAUUUUCCUGUUCAAUUCAGAGGAUGCCGAGCCUCCAGCCAAAGCGCGUGCAAAUGGCGCAAAGCGAAGUCCUCGCCCCGUGGUGCCCGUGGCAGAGGAGCUUGCAGAAGCCCAGGCUGAGACAGAAAGGCUGAGGCAAGAGCUCGAAGAGCUGCAAGCUGCAGAAGCCCAAGCAGAUGCCAUGGCUGCAGACGACAAGGAAAUGCCGGGCCCGGGCCCCGAAGCGGCCUCUGCCCGCCACUGCAGAGGCAUUGGCGACACAUCCGCCCUGGUGUGGACCGCCAGGGCACAUGCUGAGAACAGCCGCUUGGAAAGAGAGCUGAAGAGCCUACGCUCCUUGGCAAACAGGCAGCGCGGUGAAGUUCACUGGCUCCAUGAACUUCGAGAGCAGCUGCAGACGGCCUGCCGGCAGGAGGAGCUGGAGAGGGAGCAUCAGCAGCUUAUGGAAUUGCAGGAGGAGGAUGCAGAGGCAGAGCUGCGAGAACGGGACCUCGAGCGUCGGCGAGAGCAGCGACUUGAAGCCCUGGUGCAGGAGCGCCAGGAGAGGCGCGAGCGCAUCGAGCAGCGCGAACGGGAACUGCAAGAGCAAGAGCUUGCUCACGACCUGGAGCAGCAGCGCCUCAUGCGAAAGGAGCAGGACCUGCAGCAGCGGGAGAGGGAGCUUCGGAGGGAAAGGGAGAAGAGGCUGCAGCAAGCGGAGGCGCUGCGGAGCCAUGAGCUCGACUUCUCGCGAGAGCUGGGACGGCUCAAAGGGAGCAGUGGGCUGCACGAGGAGAUGGCUUCGCCUCCAAGUGCUAGUUCAGAUCGCCUGGAGCCCGAGGAGGAGGCGGAGGCAGAUUCCGCUGAAGUGGCGGCACAGGCGGCGGCACAGACUUUGGAGAACCGGAAGCUGCGACGCGAGCUGGAAAGUCUCCGAGCACUGGCUCAGUGGCAGCAGAGCGAGGUCGGAGCAGUUCUGGCAUGUCGUCCUGGCGACUUCACCCGGCCAGACGAAGAGCCGCUCGACUCGCAAGGGCAGCAGGUGGUUGGUUCUUCUCGGCCCAGAGGAUCUCUGGUGAUGGCUGCCUUAGCCGGCGAAGCUCUACUGGAAAGAGCAGAACGUGAUGGAGCUUUGCAGGCGCCGGCUGGCGAAGGCAUGGACGGCACAGGACGACCUUUGGGUUGGCGUCCAGAAUCGUGCGGCCAGGAUGCAGCAACGCUGCACUUUCGGCAACAGGGUCUGCGAAACGGCAUUCAGGAGUACGACCGCACUGUGCGCGAGCUCAUGUCGCGGGUCUUGGGUCGAGCAGACGAUCCAGGUCAUGGUUCACAUCCAGAAAAGCGCGUGAUAGAACCACUUGCAACGUAG